CUUCAAAGUAAAGUUUGCAACAACGAAAAGAAAAAAGAAAGAAAAAAAAAGGCAGUGCGAUUGAUUUCUAUUCUUCUUCUAUUUUGCCCAAACCAAGCAUUUCAUCUACCAGCCAAUCCAUAUAGAAAACACACACAAACCCACGAUUCCACCCCCCUUCCCCAAAGUCAACUAAACUGCCCUAUUCUACCCUGCCCUACACACUACCUCCCCAAUAACACAUGCCAAAAACCCAAUUUAAUCUAAUCCAAUCCAGUACAGCACAUCACACCACACUACCCUACACGCCAUUCCAUUCCCCCACCUUAGCCCGCUCCCCCGCCCUCCCACCAUUCGUUCCCAACGAACCACCCAUCCACAUACCUAACAUUAGCCCCGCAUCUCCCCCCUUCCCGGAGCAUUAUCCGUCGUCUAUUCCUGGCUUUUUCCCUAUGCUCUAAACACAACAGAACAAAAAAAGCAGAAGAAGUUGUUAGAGCAUUUCAGCUGGUCCGAAUCCGCAGGGCGCAGGUAGCUAGAGAAUAGUAUAUGUCGUUAGCAUAUCGCGGAUUCAUCUCUUGUGUAGCAAACAAGGAACGAGAUAAGGGGUUAAUUGUGAAGUUUAUAUCCUUUUCAGUGGAAUGUG